CUCGCUGCCCCUUCUCCUCGUUUUCACUCCCCCUCCCCUCGGCCGUGGGCUUCAUUCACGCUUCCCCAGGCUGGGGCAGGGGGCGGAGGCCCGGCGCGCAGUGCGACCGCGAGUCGGGUGGGCGCCGCGCACCUGUUGUUUGCAGAAACCCGCGACCCUCGUCCGGCUCUCGGCGGGCCGCGGCAGAAGCGGCCGCUGCGGAGCCCACCCGGCAGGUGGCCGCGUGCGGGGGGUUGGCGAGCGGCGGUGCGCGGGCGCCGGACCUCCGCGGCGCCGGGACGCGAUGGCGGCGGCGGAGCCCGCGAGCUCUGGCCAGCAGGCGCCGCAGGGCCAGAGCCAGGGCCAAAGGCCGCAGCCGCAGCCUCCACAGCCGCAACCCCCGCAGCAGUCGCAGCCGCAGCAGCUCGGGGGCGGCGGUAGCGGCAGCAGCAGGCACGAGAAGAGCCUGGGGCUCCUCACCACGAAGUUCGUGUCGCUGCUGCAAGAGGCCAAGGACGGCGUCCUCGAUCUCAAAGCGGCUGCAGAUACUUUGGCUGUGAGGCAAAAAAGAAGAAUUUAUGAUAUCACCAAUGUCUUGGAAGGAAUUGACCUAAUUGAAAAAAAGUCCAAAAAUAGUAUCCAAUGGAAAGGUGUAGGUGCUGGCUGUAAUACUAAAGAAGUCAUCGAUAGAUUAAGAUAUCUUAAAGCUGAAAUUGAAGAUCUAGAAAUGAAGGAAAGAGAACUUGAUCAGCAGAAGUUGUGGCUACAGCAAAGCAUCAAAAAUGUGAUGGAUGACUCCACUAAUAAUAGAUUUUCCUAUGUAACUCAUGAAGACAUCUGUAAUUGCUUUAAUGGUGAUACACUUCUGGCCAUUCAAGCACCAUCUGGUACACAGCUGGAAGUACCUAUUCCAGAAAUGGGCCAGAACGGACAAAAGAAAUACCAGAUCAAUCUAAAGAGUCAUUCAGGACCUAUCCACGUGCUACUUAUAAACAAAGAGUCCAGUUCCUCUAAGCCUGUGGUUUUUCCUGUUCCCCCACCUGAUGACCUCACACAACCUUCCUCUCAGCCCUCAACUCCACUGACUCCACAGAAACCCAACCUGGCAAAUCAGAAUGUGCCUGAGCACCCUGUCUCUGAUAGAAGCCAGAACCUUCAGCAUACAGCUACAGAUGUAUCUUCAGCAGGAUCUAUUAGUGGAGAUAUCAUUGAUGAGUUAAUGUCUUCUGAUGUGUUUCCUCUCUUGCGGCUUUCUCCUACCCCAGCAGAUGACUACAACUUUAAUCUAGAUGAUAACGAAGGAGUUUGUGAUCUUUUUGAUGUCCAGAUACUAAAUUAUUAGAUUCCAUGGAAACUUGGGACUGUUAUCUACCUCUAACUGUUUAACAUUUUAGCCUUCCUAAUAACCUGAGUAUUCAAAAUAAUGAAUGUAACAUCUUUUAGUUCACUGAUUCUGAAGUGUUCUUCCCUAAUACUGUAUUUUUUACUUCACAAAACUUCAACCAUAAAACAAAGGCCUUUAACUGCGUCAGGGAAAGAGGGAUAAUGCCUCCCCCUACCCCACCACCCCUUUCCAGAUAACUACAUUCUGGGAUUCCAACUUGUCUUUCAAUUCUGAAUCCUUGUUUGUUUGUUUUUUUCUCUUAUGAGGAAAGUUAAAGUAGACUUCAGGUCAUCAGAAACAAAAAAGUUAGCCCAUAGGCUCAUCACUUGUUUGUCUUGUAUUUUUACUGCCACAAAAUUGUCCAUAUUUCUUUGUUCUUCCAAUACAAUCAGACAUUCACUGCCACUUAUAAAGUGAAGGAUGUAAACUAGGACAUAUUAACUGUUUCAGUGAACAGAUUUUGUGAAGUGCCUUCUGUUUUAGCACUUUAAGUUUAUCACAUUUUGUUGACUUCUGACAUUCCACUUUCCUAGAUUAUAGGAAAGAUCUGUUUAUGUAGUUUGUUUUUAAAAUGUGCCAAUGCCUGUACAUUAACAAGAUUUUUAAAAAUA